AUGGAUCAAAAAGAAAAGGAACGACAUCAAAAAACUGUCGAACCAGUAAAAGAUGCUUGUUUGAGCUGUUCUACAAAUUCUGAGAGCGAUUUACCUAAAUACAGCGAAAUCCCAUAUUCUCAUGUUGACAAUAUGGAGAAAGGCUGUUUAUGUUUACAGUCCGAUCCAGAUCCAGCUCCAUCAUACUCAAGAAGAAGACAUCAAGAAGCUUCUAUUCACAUGGCGCAAGGAAACGGUUUCUUUAUUCUUUUACGUGAUGUCUUGUCGGCAUUAUUAUGGUUAAUUUUCUGGCCGGCAAAAAUUGUGAGAAUCCCGGAAGCACAACGAAGACAGGAAAAUGAAACUGCUCGGCUUAGUUUCUGCUUUAUUAUUUCGGUCAUGGUAGACUUUUGGUUUUCUUACAAAUACCUUGUCCCCUUUAUAAGGGAAUCAAUGAAAGAAUCUGUAAGGUUAUGGUUUCAGAUUACUGUAGCAGCUGUUCUUGUCAUCGUGGCUUUCUACAUGUUUCUAUAUGUUUGUUCAUUGUUGGUGGAUUUUAUCGUUAUACUGAUUCCUCUAGUUCUUACUGAGAUUAUUAGUGCUCUAGGCUUCAGGAUGCUGUCGGAAAGAAACGACUUGACGGAUGAUAAUUGUAUCCCAUUAAACGGCAUAUCGACAGAGACCGAAAAUCAGUUUAAUGAUUGUAAUGAUAAUAGUUUGGAGCAACCGUCCUCUGAACAUUCUGAACAAUCUCCAGGGUUACGGCGGGAACCUGGUCAGUCUAGGGAUGUGGAAAACAGUGAGAGUUGA